CAACCCAGAGCUGCCAGAGCUCACCUCACUGCAGAGCCAGGCCAGGACCGCACGAGGAAACAACACUCCUGCACCAUGAUGGGCAAGGCUGUGACUGCUAUCCUGACUCUUCUCCUAAUCUCAGCCCUUGGAACAAAAGGCGAGGCCCUGCCACGCUCCGCAGUAGAGCUCAGGUGCCAGUGCAUAAGCACCUACUCCAAGUUCAUCCAUCCCAAGUUCAUCCGUAACGUGAACCUCACCCCCAGUGGACCACACUGCAAAGACGUUGAAGUCAUAGCCACCCUGCAAGAUGGCUCGGAGGUGUGCCUGAACCCCUCCGCUCCCUGGGUGAAGCUGAUCAUCAAGGCGAUCCUGGACAAGGCAAAUACGAAACCUGUGGCAGUGUCCUAAGACAACGAAGAAAAGGGUCCUAACACUUCCAGGAAGGCAGAAAAGGGAGAGAUGCUCAUCUGGCUUCUGGCAUGCAGCCCUGCUCCUCCUGCCUCCUGCUCUCACACCUCCAACAGCAUCGAGUCUGCAUUCUCUGCUUCUGUAGUCAGCUGACAACAACACUUUAUGUCUUCUCAAGAGGUCUCCCCAUGUAGGAGAGAAACCAUCAUGUAGGAGAGAAACUUCCAUCUCAUGUAGGAGAGAUGGAAGUGAUUCUGAGCCAGUUCUGCCCAGCGCAGUUGGGUCAGCAUAGCGCCCUCUCGGCAGAGCUGACUCCAAGGGACACCUUCCCUUUUUGAUGGCAGCUUAGGAAAAGAAAAAACAUUGAGUCCUGCACCCAGGCCACCACCGCUCCAAACAGGCAACUGACUGCAAGAAGGGAGCUUGCAAAAUUAGGAAGCCAAAAGCCUGAGACAGGAGGGUUUCUGCCAUCAUUUCCAAGCUGUUAUUUACUGAGAAUUAAUGCUGUGAAGCUAUAAAUGUGUAUUUUAAUG